GGAUCCGUCCGCCGCCCCGCGGCCCCGGUGGAGUUAGGUGGCCUCGCAGCUGGUGCCCCGCACCCUCAGCCUCAGUCUCUGCCUGGGCUUCUUCAUGCUCCGCUGGAGCGCGCAGCGGCUUCCGGGCCUCCCGCGGCUGAGCUGCGGAUGGCGGGACUCCCCCGGGCGCCCGCGCUGGCUCUCCCGCCGGGACGCAGAGGAAAAACCACCUUUGCCUGCAGAAACAAAAUGGAAAGACAGAGCAGAAACAGUGAUAAUUGGAGGUGGCUGUGUUGGUGUGAGUCUGGCUUAUCACCUGGCCAAAGCAGGGAUGAAAGAUGUGAUCCUGCUGGAGAAAUCGGAGCUCACAGCUGGAUCUACCUGGCAUGCAGCAGGUUUAACAACUUACUUCCAUCCUGGAAUAAACUUGAAGAAAAUACAUUAUGAUAGCAUCAAACUUUAUGAGACACUGGAAGAAGAAACGGGGCAGGUGGUGGGAUUCCAUCAGCCAGGUAGCAUCAGAAUUGCUACAACUCCCGUAAGGGUUGAUGAAUUUAAAUAUCAAAUGACACGGACGGGUUGGCACGCAACAGAACAGUACAUUGUUGGACCUGAAAAGAUUCAAGAGAUGUUCCCUUUACUCAACAUGAGUAAGGUUUUAGCUGGUCUGUAUAAUCCUGGAGAUGGUCACAUUGAUCCUUAUUCACUAACAAUGGCCUUAGCUGCUGGAGCUAGGAAAUAUGGUGCCCUUUUAAAAUACCCUGCACCGGUGACUUCUCUAAAAUCCAGGUCAGAUGGAACCUGGGAUGUUGAAACACCACAGGGAUCCAUGAGAGCAAACAGAAUUGUGAAUGCUGCAGGAUUUUGGGCUCGUGAAGUGGGCAAAAUGAUCGGACUGGAACACCCCCUCAUACCAGUUCAACACCAGUAUGUUGUUACAUCGACUAUACCUGAAGUGAAAGCUUUGAAACGAGAACUCCCUGUGCUUCGCGAUCUGGAAGGAUCCUACUACCUCCGACAGGAAAGGGAUGGGCUCUUGUUUGGUCCCUAUGAAAGUCAGGAGAAAAUGAAGGUUCAGGACUCUUGGGUCACCAGUGGAGUCCCUCCAGGCUUUGGAAAGGAACUCUUUCAGUCUGAUUUAGACCGAAUCAUGGAACACGUCGAAGCUGCCAUGGAAAUGGUUCCAGUGUUGAAAAAGGCUGACAUCAUCAAUGUUGUCAAUGGUCCUAUUACCUAUUCUCCCGACAUUCUUCCCAUGGUGGGGCCCCAUCAGGGGGUCAGAAACUACUGGGUGGCUAUAGGCUUUGGAUAUGGCAUAAUCCACGCUGGUGGGGUAGGGAAAUAUCUCAGUGACUGGAUUCUGCAUGGAGAACCUCCUUUUGACCUGAUAGAAUUGGAUCCCAAUCGCUAUGGCAAAUGGACAACAACUCAGUACACUGAAGCCAAAGCAAGAGAAUCAUACGGAUUCAACAAUAUUGUUGGUUAUCCGAAAGAAGAACGCUUUGCUGGGAGGCCAACUGAGCGAGUCAGCGGUCUCUAUAAAACCCUGGAGUCUAAGUGUUCUAUGGGGUUCCAUGCAGGCUGGGAGCAGCCACACUGGUUCUACAAACCAGGCCAGGACACUCAGUACAGGCCAAGUUUUCGUCGAACAAACUGGUUUGAGCCUGUGGGCUCUGAAUAUAAACAGGUUAUGCAAAGAGUAGGGGUGAUUGACCUGUCGCCAUUUGGAAAGUUUAACAUCAAAGGCCAAGAUUCCAUUAGACUGUUGGACCAUCUCUUUGCAAAUGUCAUUCCAAAGGUGGGUUUUACAAAUAUAAGUCACAUGUUAACACCAAAAGGUCGAGUGUAUGCUGAGUUGACUGUUUCUCACCAGUCUCCUGGGGAGUUUCUGUUAAUAACUGGUUCUGGAUCAGAACUUCACGACCUUAGAUGGAUUGAAGAAGCAGCUGUCAAAGGGGGAUAUGAUGUUGAAAUUAAAAACAUAACUGAUGAACUUGGAGUCCUUGGAGUUGCAGGACCACAUGCAAGGAAGGUCCUUCAGAAACUGACUCCUGAAGAUCUUAGUGAUGAUGCUUUCAAGUUUCUCCAAACCAAGUCCUUAAAGAUUUCCAACAUUCCUGUUACUGCCAUUAGGAUAUCUUAUACUGGUGAGCUGGGCUGGGAGCUGUACCAUAGACGAGAAGAUUCUGAGGCACUUUAUGAUGCUGUCAUGAAUGCAGGCCAGGAGGAGGGAAUUGACAAUUUUGGAACCUAUGCCAUGAAUGCCUUAAGACUGGAGAAAGCCUUCAGAGCCUGGGGGUCCGAGAUGAACUGUGAUACAAAUCCCUUGGAAGCUGGACUGGAAUAUUUUGUCAAGUUAAACAAGCCAGCAGACUUCAUAGGAAAGCAAGCACUGAAACAGAUUAAAGCCAAGGGGCUGAAACGGAGACUGGUCUGCCUCACCUUGGCAACGGAUGAUGUGGAUCCAGAGGGAAAUGAAAGCAUCUGGUACCACGGCAAGGUGGUUGGCAACACAACAUCUGGAAGCUACAGUUACAGUGUCCAGAAGAGUCUGGCUUUUGCUUAUGUUCCUGUAGAGCUAAGUGAAGUGGGACAAGAAGUGGAAGUCGAACUAUUGGGUAGAAAUUACCCAGCAGUCAUCAUACAAGAACCCUUGGUAUUAACAGAACCAACCAGAAACCGGCUUCAGAAAAAAGAUAGAAAGAACAAAACUUGAAAAAGACCUUCACCAGGCAGCUGAGUUAUAGUUGCUGUACAAUUAUACUUAACAGUAUUAUAAUUAGUUCACAGGGGAAUAGAGGAAACCAAGAAUUCAUCUCAAAAUCAUCAACAUCUAGAUUUAGAAUCCUAAUAAACCUUUCUCUUGUUUUCUAAGUAAGAUGGAAUAAUGAAUUAGUGAUUUACAUUGUUCUUUCAAAUGAAGAAACAUAUUUUUAUGAAACCCAAUUAGUAAAAAAGGUGUUUGCUAAUAUAUAAUCUUUAUUAUAACUGAAUUAAAGAACCUUAUAUAAUUUUAGGAACAUAGCAUAUGAUUGAUGGUUGAAAACAUUAAUAAAUUAUCUUUUACAUAAAAAUAAAUACAAUGCUA